UAUUUAUGAGAAUCGCAAAAAUCAGUUUUGUAAUAUUUGUUAGGGAGCAGUUAGCUCCUUUGUUUUUCUUUUUAGAAACACUGAUAAAAAUCAAAAUUUUCAUCAACAUUGGUUUUUGACAAAUAAACGUUUUGUUUACUUUUGUAGAAUGUUGAAUAUGUACAUACUCUAUUUGUUCAUAGGCAUAGAUACAACAAAUUUUUUUUUCAAAAUAAAUUGUGAUUUGAAUUUUUGAGUUGAAGAAAUUGAAUCAUUAAUUUUAACUUGAGCUAAGCUAAUUUUAUUUAAAUAUUAUCAUUAAAACAUGGAUCUGCCUUUAAUAAAAAAUAUUAAAGAAGAUUUUUUAGAAGAAACCGUCAUAUCUCACAUAAAAACAGUUGGAUAUGAAUCGAAAUAUAUUGAGAACAAUAACUGUGGAAAAGGAGCAAAAAUUUUUAACGAAAAAUCUUCCAGUAAUGCGAAGGUUAUUCAUAAUAAUCCCUAUCAAAUUAAUGAUGCUUUUAAAAAUAAAUCGUUUAGUCCGAAAAAAAAAUUGGAAUGUACAAAUCACAUCAAAACUAAAAACAUUUUCGAAUAUGGCAACUAUAGCCGAUAUUAUGGAUAUCGUAAUGCGAAAAAUUUCCAGGAUAUCAGGUUAGAAGCUUUUUCUAAAUAUAAAAACCUUUUUGAAGGAAAAGAAGUGUUAGACAUAGGGUGUAACAGCGGCUUAAUAACAAUGCAAAUAGCGGAGGACCAUCAAAAAUUUAAUGUUAAACAUAUAGUAGGACUUGAUAUAGAUAAAAAGUUGAUUAAUAGAGCCAUCAAGAUAAUUGAAAAGAAACGUAGGAACACUAAAAAUAAAGCAGAAGAUAAAUCAAAAUUUCCAUUCAAUAUUAAGUUUGUGUUUGGAAACUAUGUGCUAAAAGAUGAUAUUCUUUUGGAAAUUGAAAAGCAACAAUUCGAUCUAAUCCUUUGCCUAUCUGUUACUAAAUGGAUUCAUCUAAAUUUUGGGGACGAAGGCUUAAAACAAGCAUUUCGAAGAAUGUAUCUUCAAAUUCGUCCAGGGGGUUGCCUAAUAUUGGAGCCUCAACCUUGGAGUAGCUAUAACCGAAGGAAGAAUUUAACACCCGAAAUUCAUGAAAAAUACAAAAAUAUAACUUUUUUUCCUGAAAAGUUUGUCGAUUACUUAACUGGGCCUGAAGUUAAGUUUAGUGAAUUUUCAACUAUAAAUAUUCCUGAGCAUCCAAGCAAGGGAUUUAGAAGACCUUUGCAAUUAUUUUUUAAAAAAUGAAUUUAUUUUAUAUAUGUAGGUAUAUUAAAAAAAUAAGCUAAAGCUCAAUA